AUGCAACAUCCGUCGCUUACUGGCAUAUUACAGUCUGCUAUGAAUAUGCAGGAUUCGUCUGAUGGAGAUGACUCUCUUAUUGACGAUAACAGACUUCAGGAUAGUGAUAUUUCGGACCUUUAUUUCGGAGAUGACGGUAAAGAAAACAAGUCAUCGAAUACGUUUUCUGAAGAUGGGGAUCGUUCAAGCUCUAUGCAGAGUACAGAAAUGUCAUCUGCUGUAUCGGGUAAACCUCAGGGAGAUGCGUUUUCGUCCUCCCAAGUUCAAAUUGGAAACUACGAAACAAAUUACCGAGAGGAGAUUGAGAAUCUCCAAAAGAACUAUUCGGCACUGUUGGAAGCUAACGAAAAGGUGAAAUACGAGCUAGAGGCAGAGAAGAGGAAGUCGGAAGGGCAGAUAGCCCAGAUUCUUCGUCUGAAUGAAGAAAUCACCCGUACAGAGGAAGAAAAGCAAGCUCUCGAAAAAUCGCUGCAUGAACUUCAGUCGGACUCUUCGAACCCUACUGCUGGUUAUUACCAGCAAGAGUUGUCUCGGAUCAUUACAGAGAAGAUCACAAACGACGAGGCUCAUCAGCAAGAACUGAACCAGCUUCAGCAGCAGCUUUCAGAUCUGCGAUCAAGCGAGGAGUCUCUCCGCUCUACCAGCGCCUCUCUUCAAUCCGAGCUAGAAUCGCGCGACCAAAGCCUGAGCGAUCUGCAGAAGCAGCUGGAAGCGUCGCAAUCUGCUCUGACUUCGCUCCAAGCCGCGGUCGCCGAGGCCCAGGCAGCUGCAGCCCAGGCGGAGACGGCUCGAAAGGAGGGAGAGACGGAGCGAGAGCGCUUGGCGAGCGAGUUGGAGGCGGCGAAGCAGACGCUGAAAGAGCGAAACGCGCUGGUGGAAACGCAGAAGAGCCAGUUGGCGGAGCAGGAGCAGCGAUUGAUGGAGUUGGAGUUGGAGUUGGAGUCAGAGCGGGACGUGGAUCCCGAAGAGAACGAAUCGUUGAAACGGAGAAACGUGGAACUGGAGAACGAAGUGGCGGAGGCGAAGCGAACGAUGGGAGAGCUGCAGAAGCAGAACGGAGUGUUGAAGCAGCUGAUGGAGACGCAGCAGACGAACAGCGCGACGCUGUCGACGCUCAUCGCGGAGCGGGAAGAAGCGACGUCGAAGAUGGCGGCGGAGAUCGCGCAGCUGCGAGAGAAACUGUUCGCUGCGGAGAGCGAGGGAGCGAAGGGAGCAGAGAUGGAGCGGAGGGUGGCCGAGCUGCAGAACGAGCUGAGGCAGCGCGAUGAGGACAUCCAGUUCAUGAAUGGGGAGCUGAACGCGCUGCAGCAGCAAGUGAACGAGGCUAAGAAGAGGGAGAGCGAGCGAGAAAGCGAGACAGAGUGA